GGUGGAGGCCAUAAGAAAUAUUAGGUUCUUGGCGCAUUACCUGCACCCGAGUGGUAAACGCCUUAUUCUGAGUAUUUUGGUUAGGGAAUCGACCUUCUCGCACAAUUUGAUUUUCGUGCAAGCUGAGAGCAAUGUUUGUGCGGGCUUUUUUCUCUUUUCCUUCCCAAUUCCCGUGAGGAGGAGAAGGAAGAGAAGGAGGAGGAGGACGCCACUGCCGCUGUUGCGGCCAAUUCAUUUGCCUGACAGUCGUGUUUUGCAUAACAAGAGAAAGGUGCGCACCGUGCAUGCCCGGGGAUAAGCGCUGAAGCAGCUGGGAGGAGGCUUCUCCGCCAAGUAGUAUGUAUGGCUGGGAGCUCCGUUAAGAUGCAACCUGCGUGUGACAGGGCCGACUCGCUGCUCCAUGACCGUAAAGACACAGACGCCAGAGGCCAGGAGCAGCAAGUGCAGUUGCGGCAGAAGCUGAGGGAACUACCGACGCUGCUCCGGAGUGGACUCACGCUGCGGAGAAAGCGCUCAGAUGGCGGGGGCCGGAUUAUAUCUAGGAGAAUUUCAAAUCCAUAUGUGGAAAACCCGCCUAAUAAGAUUUAUGGAGAGGAUGCCUUGUGUGCUGGAAGAGCACUCAGAAACGUUUUUCUAUUACAAGCUUCCGCUCUGAUAAAAGAUAGAAUGUCUCUGAUGGGCCUUUGCAGGCAAAGCUGCAUUGGAUCUGAACUGGUAGAUUGGCUUUUGAAAUGCUGCACUUUCAUUAGGAGCAGAUCUACAGCAGCUGGUGUCUGGCAGCUACUACUAAAUAUGGGAAUUGUGUUUACAGUGGGUAAGCAGAUAUAUUUUCUAGAUAGGUAUGUUUUCUACCAGUUCUCAUCUGAUGAAUGCACAUACCUAUUCUGUGAAUAUGAAGGAGAAAAAAGAUGGAAAAAUGGUGUGAAAUUUCUAUUGAAGAUGGUGCCUGUUACUUCUCCAAGAAUUAAUAUGUGUAACCUGGAUAACAGAAGAAUAGAAGAAACAGCUGAAACCAAUGCAGAAAUUCUUGUUCGUCUUACAGCAGCAGUGCAGAGAGAACUGGCAGCUGUUCUUGCUAUGAAAGCAAGAAAAUCAGCAAUGAAUCAAAGUUAUGACAUCUGCAGUGGAGAAGCAAUAGUGCAAAAAACCCAGAAGGCUAUCUGUGAUGUACAGGCAGGAGUUAUGUGCAAGCUUCAAGAACGAGAAGAUAUUGGGCACAUCGAACCUAUCCAGAAAUUUGCAAAAGAAAAUUGUCAUGGUCCACAGGCAAACAAAAGAGAACUAGGGAAUACAGACCAGGCAGGAAGAAAAAAACCCUUCCCAAAAGCCCAAGAGAGAAGUGACGGAAACCAAAUGGAGAUGUGGCGCCUUCGAUCGUGUUACUCAGGCGAAACUAGGCAAUACUUCUCAGAGAUGGAUGAUGAAGUGACCACUGUUCAAAUGAGGGAACUAGACCAAGAUGUGCUGGUGCUUAGGAGAGUAUUGUCACAGAGCCCAGCCCCCACAUUGGGGAGUGCCGAGAAUGAUUGGAGAUAUGUUGUGGUGUCAGGAACACCAGAGAAGAUUUUGGAGCAUCUCCUAAAUGACCUGCACCUAGAAGAAGCACAGGACAAAGACACAGAAACUCUUCUGGAUGACUUCCUUCUUACAUACACAGUCUUCAUGACAACAGAUGACUUGUGUCAAGCUCUGCUGAGACAUUAUUGUGCUAAGAACCAUCAAGACAAGGAUGAAAUUGUUGAUGUUCCCUGUAGAAAGCGAAAAGUCUUGCAUUUGGUGUCACAGUGGACUUCACUCUACAAAGAUUGGUUGCAUGAAGAUGAGCAUUUGAAGCAAUUUCUUAAGACAAUAUAUAGAAAUGUGUUAGAUGAUGUGUAUGAGUACCCUAUAUUGGAGAAAGACCUGAAAGAAUUUCAGAAAUUACUUGGAAUGCAUCGUCGUCACACAGUUGAUGAAUAUUCACCUCAUAAAAAGCAUAAAGCCAUUUUACAUCAAUACAGCCUCAAGCAGAACUGGCUUCAGACCAGAGAACCUGUGAAUGAAACAGAAGAAGUUUUUUGCCGUGUGUAUAUAACAGAACAUUCUUACAUCAGUGUAAAAACUAAAUUAUCCACUUCAGUUCAAGAGAUGUUGAAAAUUGUAGCAGAGAAGCUCCAACAUUCUCAGGAAGAUCUGGCUCUAGUGGCUCUUUCAUUCUCUGACGAAAAACAUGAAUUGCAACCAAAUGAUGUAGCAAUCUCCAAAUCUCUUGAGUUAUCUGCUCGUAUGUUUGUAUUUCAAAAGGAUCUGACAGAUACUUUGAUCCCUUUUGCUGAAAAUGAGGAAAUCCACCAACGAUCAGUGAAAAUUCUAGGGAUUAACACCUGGGACCUUGCUUUAGAAUUAACAGUUUUUGACUGGAAUCUUUUCAAUUUGGUUCAUGAACAAGAACUGAUAUAUUUCACCUUCAGCCGACAAGGAAGUGGGAAAAACACUGUGAAUCUUAGUCUUCUGCUUCAAAGAUGCAAUGAAGUUCAACUUUGGGUUGCUACAGAAAUACUCCUCUGCAACCAGCUCUGUAAACGUGUACAACUAGUGAAAAAGUUCAUUAAAAUUGCUGCUCAUUGCAAAGCCCAGCGAAAUCUGAAUUCAUUUUUUGCCAUUGUCAUGGGGCUCAACACUGCCUCUAUCAGCCGGCUUUCUCAGACCUGGGAGAGAAUGCCUGGAAAGUUUAAGAAGCUUUUUGCUGAACUUGAAAGUUUAACAGAUCCUUCUCUGAACCACAAAGCCUAUAGGGAUGCAUUCAAGAAAAUGAAGUCCCCAAAGAUUCCUUUCAUGCCUUUACUUCUUAAAGACGUAACAUUUAUACAUGAAGGAAACAAAACAUUUCUGGAUAACCUUGUAAACUUUGAAAAGCUGCACAUGAUUGCAGACACAGUACGAUCAUUGAGGCAUUGUAGGCGUAACCAAUUUGGAAAUGAUAUACCUUCCAAAGAGCAUGAGGAGCUGAAGUCCUGUGUCCAUCAUUUGCGUAUCAUUGACAACCAGCAGAUGUUGUUUGAGCUUUCUCACAGGAUAGAACCCCGUAUAUGAAUUCAUACUUAUCUAUCUCCAGCACUUUCAAUUCAUGAAUACUUACGUGCCAAACAUGUUGUUUUCCUAAGAAAUUGAUGAUUACUGAGUUUUAUCAGUAAUUGGUGCCACAGUAGACGUUAGCCUCUCAAUGCAAAGAAAGAGGAUCUUCACAACAACCUUACAAGAUGAAAAAUGCCAAAUCUGCUUAGCUACAGGGAGAAGAAAUGAUUCACCAUAUUGAAAACCUUAUUUUUCUUGAAUUUUUUUGUUCAAAGUAGCUUUCAGCACUCAGUAUUAAAUUGAAAUAAAAUGUUCUAGCCUAAUAAGGAUCUAGCAGCACUGUUUUGAGAAAGAUGUUCAUAAUUUGGUGCAUGGGGAUAUACCUCACUAACCAUAAGCUGCCCUAAGUGCCAAAAAGAAAGUAAUAGGGCAAGUAUUGAUGAAUUAUCCCUGAGAUAUGGCAUCCAUUUCAAGAUUAAAGUAUAAAGUAUCAAGAAGUUGUUAGAACAUAGAUACUUAAUUUAAAACAAGCACAGUUAAUACUUGAUUUAAUAUCUUGUACAGUAUUUCAAAAUGUGCUGCCUAAUAAAGCAAAAUGUCACAGUAUCAAUUAUGGUUAUUUUCAUGUUGGAUUAGGAUUUAGAGCACUCUGCUUUUAAUAUUUCUUAUGGGUAAAUGCUUUUGAAACUUUAGAGCCACCUCAGUUUUUGGGCCCUUUACUUAGUAAUUCUAUUAGGGGCAAGCAAUGUCACAGAAGUAUCCUGUCUGUAGCUUUAUUAGAAAUGAAUAUAGUUUGUUUUACUUCUGUGUUCACUUUACUAUGCUAUUACUAAUUACUGUUAUUUUUAGACUGGUACACGUUUAUUGCAAAACAAUACUAAAUUACUAAGGAAGAAUCUAUUGUGGGGCUGUAGCUUGCAACUCAGAAAACUACAGUGGAAUCCCCAGAAUUACUUUACAAAAAGAAAGAAAGUAAAAGUGCUAUGGCACACUUAUUGCUAUUAUUAAUUAAAAUGGUAAUAAUUUAUACCUAUUCAGUCUAAUCUCGUUUAUCUGUCAUAAACAUGAUCUACAAACAAAAAUGAAAAAAGUUCAUACAACAUAUUAAGCCAAAUUCAAACAAUUAUGGUUUGUCAUGGAAUCUGACCAUAGAGGAAUUAUACUUUGAGAAACAGCCAUAUAGUUUUUGUGUUUUCCUUGCAAGAUUAAAAGCUGAGGUUGAAUUCAAAUUUACAAGAUGAGGAGGUCGCUGACUACCAUAAGAGAACUUGCAUUGGAAAUUAAAUGGAUGAUUCUCAAAAUCUGUCUAAGAAACUUUUUUUUGAUAGUUUUCUUUCAUCAAGGUGCAAUUACAAAAGAUUUGGAGGUUUCACACUGACAACAGACUGGAUAGAUCAUGAUAAUCUUAUGAUUUAAAAAAAGGUCUUCUGAAAAGAAAGAUUUAAAGCCUGUGCAACAAAUAUGUGAGAGAAUCACAGAUUUGUUGCAGUGUAUUUGAGUGUAAUUUGAACAUGUGAUUUAAAAGUGAAAGCUUUGGUGUAAUAAAUCUUGUGCCUUGGUUUUCAUGUUAAGAUAUCAGAACUAGACUUACAUUCUUGAAAUUAUGUUUGCAAUUUAUUCUAAUCUUCAGAAUGUCUUGUUUAUCCUUCUAUUAAGUAUUUUCAAGAAAUUGCCUAAAGAAUGCAAUAAAUAGAAUUUAUUCCACUGGGUGUAAAGGAAUGCAUUUCAUUGUGAAAAUCUAUUUAUAUGCAGCUUUAUACAAAAUAGACUUUUAUAAUACCACAAGACUAUACUGGUUGACAAAAGAGGCUAUGUUAAAAAUUAGGCCUCCCUUGAAAACAUCUGAAUUAUUUUAUUUUACUGCUUGGAUCACAUUUAUUCAAGAACUUUUUCUACACAAGAUCCUUCAUAGAAGAUUGACUGUUUGUUAGCAGACAAAAUCAGUUUUAAUUGAUAAGGAAUGCUUUUUGUUUGUUUGCAAUGAAGUAGAGAGUUGUUCCAUUAGAUUUGGCCUUUCUCAUAAAAUUGACAACCCUGUAUAGGUAUAAUAUGAAGAGAAUAAUGUACAUUUCUGAACUGUAAUAGUUAGCACUUAUUAUACUGGUUAUCCAAUGUCUUCUAGGAAUUAUUUGGUAGAAAUCAUUACAUUACAUUACAUUAUUUUCUUAGGAAGUUGAACAAAUUAGAAACAGCAUAGAUAAAUUAUUUAGGAAUUUUCAGGAUGUUUUUCCUAUAGCAACUUAGCUGAAGAAGCAAUUUGUUUAUUAGCCGAAGAGCAGUUGUUUGGUUUGGCAGUAGGAGUUGUAAUAAAAAUAUGUUAUAAGCCUUAUUUUUAUCCACACACAAAAAUAGCAUUUGUAGUGGGAGAAGUCCCAACUAUUGUAAAUAAGCUUUCUGUGCACACAAACAAACCACACCUUUAGAAAUGGAAUUGAACAUUUUGAAAAAGGCAUUGCAACCCGGCUUGUUUUAUAAUGCCACUAAAGGAUAUACCGGUAUUUAGAGGGAAGAAUUAGAAUCUGUUGUUUAAUUCAUGUAUUAGGGUGAGCCUCUGUUUGCCAAGUGGUUGAGUUUAAAUCUAUAAAAUAAAAGUUCUAGAAUAAGUUAACUGGUGAGAUUUGCAGGGGAGGAUUAGUAGAUAAGAAACUAAUGAUAGGUAACAUGAGGUGGUUGGUUCUUAUUUUUAAAUAUUGUCUUGCCUUUACACAUCCAUUAACAGUUUUGUGUAAUUGCAGUCUUAAGAAUACAAAAGACUAAUAGGAAUUCAAAUCUUUUCUGUUUUGCUACCAUUCUAAGCAAGCAAAAACUGGAUAAUUUUCAAACUUUGUGAGUUGGACUGUCUUGUGCCAGGUGUUGUAAGCAGCAUUGCUUGAGUUCUUCACUUCUUCACUUCAGUGGCCUCUUGGUAAUUAUUUAGCCAAAGGGACCAUUCAGAAUUAUGAGCCAAAUUUUUCCUAAAAAUAAGCUAUGGUUAAAACUUGGGUUUUAUUCUGCUAAUGCAAGAGUAUAUUGCAGUCAACUGGGCUUUAGGUAAUUUAAGCUAUAUUAAAGCAAGAGAAACAAAUAUGAUGCAAUAAUGUAUUACCUGCUGAGCAGUUUUUUUUUAAAGUCCAGUAAUUUCAUUUGUUAACUUUAGAGCUAAAUAACUAGAUAAUUGCAUUUCUGUGGAAGUGCAUUCAGACUAGAUUGUAAAAAUGAACAACUUUCUCUUCAAGGUUAUGUUCAGGAAAAGAAAAAUGCAUGCCACAAUUUGGAGCAGAAGCCAGAUAUAUAGUGUAUAAUCUCCAUUUUAUCCUACUCCUGAUACAUUCAUGUAACUUUCUCCAGGAAGAAAGCCAACUUUAAGACAAUGACUGAGUCAACCUUGAGAUGGUUAAGAUACACUGUUGUAACAAUAAAUAGUCCCUGCAUUGAGUCUUUUGUGUAUACCCUAAGUCUUGCUGGCAUUAGAAGAGAUUAGAAUCAAAAUUAUACAAUGUUUCUUAUGCUUGAGGGUAAAUCUCACUAAACACGAUGGGACUUGUUCCUCAAUAAACUUGCAUAGGAUUGUAGUAUAAAUUGGGCUGACUCUUGGACCCCAAACUGCUAUAAGAGCUAUGCGCUCCUAUAAUAGGAGCACAAAUAGCAGCAAUUAAAAGGGGGGAGAUAAACUCUAGAAAUAUCUAUGGAAUCAAAAAGGCACUGUGGCAGAAUAGAGUAAGACCUUUUGAAGUGUAUUGAGCACUAUAAAUGAACAUUUGCAUUGCUGUAAAAAAGCAAACAAGUUGUAAAUACUAACCUUUGUAGCAAUUGCUAUUUAUUUGCAUAGCUUAUUUAUUAUGUUCUUUUUACAUUGUUGGGAACAAAGGCACUCUCAAGAUAAAAAGAAAAGGCUACUUACAUCUUUGCUGUGCAGGUUUGGAUAAUUGUGAUGGCAGCAUAAGAUAAAGCUGCUGCUGCUGCUGCUGCUAGCAGUUGCUUGCAGCCCUGAUAUGGUUAGUUUAGUUUUUCCCAUUUUAUUCUCUCCAGAGCAUUGUGUUUCAAUCUGCAUUAAAAUUAACAGGAAGAUUGUCCAAGCUAAGGUUAUUUGCCUAACACUUCUCAGGGACACACUUGUACUUACUUAGCAUUAUUAGAACUGGCACAUAUAAAAUACUCUGGUUUAACAAGAAUACAGUUGACAAGGGAGCCCUUUACAUGUUUAAUUGUGUUGAUUUCUGUCUAUUUCAUUGUUUUGCAUAUUUAUGAGAGCUAGCAAGCAAUAAUUUGUAUGUCAGAAUAAUAACAAGCAAUACAAAAAUAAAACUUGUAAAAGCAAAAUGUUAUACUUAAAACUUUUUUUGAUAUGCUUUUCAAAAUACAAAUGAUAUUAAUAAA